CAGACCAUUAAUAUAAAUCAAGUACUGCUGUUGAUCACAGUAUCUAUAUAGUUGUUUGUCGUGAGCUACGAUAAAAAACAAUUUUUUAUCGUUCGAUUGAUUUUAUUAAUCAAUAAUCCCGGAAAAUUCCUUAAUGCAAUAGUGGGGAUAAUAGGCACUAAUAGUAUCUUUCAAUAUACUACAAUCAAAUUAUACUAGCAGCAUCUAUUAUAUCUUAUCUUUCCCACUUUGACAUUCCUCCCACUACCGUCAAGUAAUUGGCCCGGCAAUCUCGAGCUCGAGAACCGCUCGUCGCCGACAGACUGACAAUUCGUUGGAUGCUAAUUGCCAGUCACAAAACCACGUCAACGUUUUAUACAAUCCUCGAUAGGUAACAAAAGAUCAAACACCUGUUGCUCUACAUUUAUACAUAAACAGACAGUCAAUCGAACGCAUUUAAUUAGAGAAAUGUCGGUGACUGUGGAACCGCUCUCAGGACCGUACACGCUCGGCGAAGGGCCGCACUGGGACCACGUAUCUCAAAAGCUGUACUUCGUCGAUAUCGAGAACGAGAAAAUACUGCGAUACGAUCCUGCAACAGGCGUUGUUAACUUCGCCAUCGUAGGAAACGGACCAGUAGGAUUCGUUAUACCCGUGGAAGGCACCCGUAACAAAUUCGUCGCGGGAUCUAGCAGAGACGUCGUUCUCGUUUCUUGGGACGGCGAGAAAAACGUUACAAAAUGCAUGCCUCAGACGCUGGUCACUGCAGACAGUAAGAGUACCGAGACCAGAUGGAACGAUGCGAAAGCAGAUGCGUCUGGAAGACUGUGGGGCGGAACAAUGGCUAUAAUCAAGGAUGGAGUAUGCCCGCCUAACAUGGGAUCUUUUUACAGCAUGGACGCUGAUCUCACGUUAAAAACACAUGUCACUCCUGUAACUAUAAGCAACGGACUAGCCUGGAAUUCUAACAACGAUACGCUUUAUUAUAUCGAUUCACUCACCUAUCAGGUCGUGGCGUUUAAUUACAAUGCUCAAACCGGAGAUAUAUCUAACAAGAAAACCGUUUUCGAUCUUCGAGAGAAUAAUAUUAACGGAAUUCCAGACGGUAUGACUAUAGAUACAGAUGGGAAUCUGUGGGUGGCUGUGUUCGGUGGAGCCGGUGUAUUACACAUAAAUCCUCAAACGGGCAAGCUGUUGCGGUACGUUAAGAUAAACGGAGCUAAGAACAUAACGAGCGUUGCCUUCGGUGGACCGAACUUCGACGUUUUGUACGUAACAUCCGCAAAUGUAGAUUUAACAGAGGACGAGUUGAAGGAACAACCGUACGCUGGUUACUUGUUCGCUAUAAAGGGUUUAGGUGUCCGCGGUUAUCCUCCCAAUUCCUGCAAACUGCCGGACAAAUUAACGUAGUUUGCGCGCGGAUAAAGCGAGUACGUAUAGGUACAUAUGUAUGUAUGAAUUUAUGAAAAUGUACAAAUUACUUAUCUA